CAUAUAACAUUUCACUCCGAGGAUCUUCCAGUCGUCGCUGCAUAACGUAUUACUGUUAGUAAUCCCAGCAGCUAUCAGAUGAAGUUUUAUGUUCUUUUUUAGGGUUUUACAAGGACGCAUCAAAUUGCUGCCAUAAAGCUAAUCUUAGUGUAGACGCUAGUUCAGCUAAGUAGCUCUCAGAUGUUUCACACGAACCCUGCUGCAACCUUUUAAAAGCUAAAAGCUCGCCCUGCUCUGUGCUGAAAUGAUGCUUACCUUGGUGAGCCUUUGUGCCAAAGAGGUGGUGAGUGACCACAGCUCGUCGCCCGGAUGGCUGAAGUGGGUUCCCAGGGAGCUGUACCGGCCGCUGCUGGAGGCCGCGUUUGCCAGCUGCAGACCGCUGGCGGUGGGUGAACUGGUGCAGCGGUGGCCUGAACGCACACUGCGCGUCGGAGGACGGAGGAAACGAGGCCAAACUGCGCCGAAUCGACUCAGCAUUCAGGCCCUUUUAUUGGCAGUUGUCAGAGGAUUGUCUGAUCAGAGGUGUUCACUGCAAAUAUUAGACCUCUGUGGACUCCAAGGAGAUGAAGGAGGGAUGGGAGACCCGAUGGGAGGCUGGUCCCUAACUGUAGCCCUUUGCACUAUGGUCGUUCAGGCCAGAGCUGGAGCUCAGCGGUCACAGAGGAAGGAAGGGGAGUGGGAGAGAAAACGGUUCUCAGCUCUUGAGAGAGACAGAGAUGUAAAAAGAGAGAGGGGACAAAGGAAGGGGGAACAGGAGCUAAAUGGUGAUGAGACAAGCACCGAUAGAGAGAAGACUGGAUCUUCUGGGCCUGUGGGUGAAGAGGAGCUGAUUAAAGGAGUCAGGAGGAGGAUGGAGACGGAGAAGAAAAGAGAGACGACAGUAACAGGAUCAGGAGGCGGAAAAAUUGAGAGUGAAGAAAAAGAUGCUGCUAGUGAUGUUUUGGUGCAUGUGAGAGCUGAUCUUUUUGUCAAUGCCCGCUCCUGGGAGCGUGUUCGCGCAGCUCUGAGCACGUCAGGACCUCUAAAGCUUCAGUGCAGAUAUCUACGGGUGGAAGAGAUUUCGGUGUCCAGUAUCAGGACCCUGCUAGACCUGCUGCCCCGCAGAGGUCUUCUGGGCAUUGAUGUUCGCUACAGCAGCCUCGGGGUGGCUGGCUUGGCUGAACUGCUUCCUCAGCUUUCCACCUUUCCUGCGCUGAACUCCCUUCGCCUGCACUACUGUAACUUGGACUUUCGUCGAGACCACCUUGGCCAGGAAGAGGCCCUUAGGGACCUUUCACAGGGCCUGGCACACUUGCAAGAGCUGCAACGGCUCAGCCUCACUGCACUGCGCCUGCCUGGUCAGCUACGUGUGCUGCUCAGCUCGCUGCCUCAGCCUCUAGACAUCCUGGAGCUGCCCUAUUUGAGCCUGAGUCCAGCUGACCUCGCCUAUCUGUCCUGCAGCCAUCAUGCCUCUACGCUGCAACAGCUGGACUUGAGUGAAAACCGUCUGGAUGAAAACACUCUGCCGUCUAUCCGCCGCCUCCUCUCCCAGGCUUCCGGCAACCUGCAGCACCUCUCUCUAAGUGGCUGUGGUCUGACUGAUGGCCUGCUGGGGCUUCUGUUGCCCUCACUGGGGGGCUGCUGGGCUCUCAAGAGCUUGGCUUUGGCCCUGAACCCCCUCUCCAUGACUGGCCUCAUGGACCUGGUGAGGAUGGCCGUGAGAAUGCCCUCCCUGCGACAGCUACUCUACCCAAACCCACUGGAGGAUUACCAGCCGGGCCUUCCUGAUCUCCCCUCCAGCGCUCAGCUCUUAGACUGGCCUCUGGAUGAAGCCACAGACAUAAACACGACCAGCAGCCAACUCAACAGGGUGUUGAUGGACAGCGGACGCUCUGAUCUCUUCCUGACCUGUGACCUGCUCAAUUACGAUAAAGAUUUGGUGGACUAGAGCAGAGGUCAGGGGAAGAACACUGGUGCUUUUUAGGUUAGUCACCGACAUACCAGAGCAAUGUACACAAGCCAGACAAUCAUACUGUCACCUGGAAAAUGAUGUGAUAUUUUUUUAAGUGCUUAAACAUUUUGUGCCUUUUCUCUGUGACUAUCUGUCUCAUGAGAAGUAUUUAAUUAAUUUAAGCUUUUUUCAGUUAAAAACAGGCAAAUUAAAGUAGAAAGACCCCAGUCAUUGCAACGCAGACCUCCACCAAGGCCCAAUAAUCUGCUUUAACUAUUGUUUUCAGUCAAACCUGUCUGGAUUAGAUUUUGCAUUGACAGGGGUCACUGGGCUAUCAAAUCAACAAGUUUGUUUUUCUUAAAAAAAAUAAUGUGAUGCAUCCAAAUGUAACACAUAUAAAAAUGUACAAGUUGGUCUGAUGCUGUGCUACAGAUAGACCUCUUGGUGGUUACACACAAAUGAACUUUACAGAAGGAGGUGAGAACUUAUCCUCUGAUAUACGGUGGAGACACUAACAUGCCAUUCAAUCAGAAGAUGCUGCAAUACUUUAAUUCACUUGCUGGCUGUUUAAAUCAUAAGUGUAGCAUUUAAGUUACUGCUGGUAUUCUACCAAAAAAUGAUUAAUCCUUUAUUAAACAGGUGAACACUUACCACUAAGUACUUUCUCCAUACAAUCCGUUUGUUUAAAUACAAUGUCUGAUCUUUUUGCAACAUGUACAAACUACAUGCAAACAAAAAAACUACAAGUGUGAAAGUGUUUUUGUUACAUACAAAAUGAAUGUUACUACAGUUUUUUUUAAUUGUAUCCCCUUUUUUAGUUUUAUUACAUAAUGUACUACAAUGUUUGUGCUGUUAAUAAUUCCCAUAUUUUUCACACUGUAUUUCUUGAAUGUUUGUUUUAAAAUAUCCACAGUUUAUGCUUUCUGUAUUUUUUCACCAGCAUCAGUAAAUAAGUGUACCGAAUCAGCCUUCUGUGUGCCACAAAAAUGCGUUUACGUGCUCAAAGUCACAGAAUAAAUCAGUUACAAACCAAA